CUCCCUCUUUCCUCCCCCAUCAACCCCCCAAUACUUUAUCCACCCACCAUGCCUAAUCCUCCUCCCGCCUGGGUCCAGGCCCUGAGCCCCGCGGAACCGCAAGGCACCACCCUGCUUGAACAAGAACGUGCUAAAUCGAAGGUCAAUGUGGAUAAAUUGGGGGAGCUGCUGCAUACGAAAGAAGCUCUGGACCAGCGGGAUCGUAUUCUCGCGGUUCUGAUGUCCGAGAAAGUGUUCGACAAGUCUCAGAACCAUACCCUGGGCCGAACCGAGAAGAUCCAGGUCGCAUUGGCUCGGGGAAAGCGGUUGCAGCAACUGAAGAAGGUACACAAUUGGACAGACGAGGAUGUUUAUGUUGCCGAUCAAUUGAUCGGGGAACCGAAUCCCUAUGGUCUACACGCGUCUAUGUUUUUGGUUACUUUGCGAGAACAAGGAACUCCAGAACAACAGAAACUAUUCUACGAGAGGGCUCUCAAGUAUGAGAUCAUCGGAUGCUAUGCUCAAACAGAACUGGGACACGGUUCCAAUGUGCGUGGAUUGGAAACUACGGCGACCUGGGAUCCCCAAGACAAGACAUUCAUUAUUCACUCCCCUACCCUCACAGCAUCCAAGUGGUGGAUCGGGUCCCUUGGUCGCACGGCAAAUCAUGCAGUGGUGAUGGCACAGCUGUUAAUUGCUGGCAAGAACUACGGCCCCCACCCAUUUGUUGUCCAGAUCCGCGAUGGUGAGACCCAUCAGCCACUGGAGAAUGUCUAUGUUGGUGACAUUGGUCCCAAGUUCGGUUAUAAUACCAUGGACAAUGGUUUCCUUCUGUUCAAUCACGUCAAGAUUCCCCAUGUCAACAUGCUGGCCCGCUUCGCCCAGGUCGACCAGGCUAGCAAUAAGUACCUUCGACCUGCGUCCCCUUCCCUUGUCUAUGGGACCAUGACAUGGGUGCGCGCGAAUAUCGUGCUCCAGGCCGGUGGUGUGCUUGCUCGUGGUGUUACCAUUGCUACCCGUUACUGUGCCAUCCGCAGACAGUUCCAGGACCGGGAUGCUGAGCCGGGUGCGGGCGAGAACCCAGUUUUGAACUACAAGAUGGUCCAGAUUCGGCUUCUCCCCCUGUUGGCGGCGAUGUAUGCACUGCAUUUCACCGGUCGCGGGAUGAUGCGACUCUAUCAGGAGAACCAGGAGCGGAUGAAGGCGGCUUCUGGAGCGGACCAAGAGAAGCGCGGUGCGGGUCCAGAGCAGUUGAGAGCUGGGUCUGAUCUGCUGGCAGAUCUUCAUGCUACGUCCUGCGGCUUGAAGGCGUUAGCCAGUACCACUGCUGGAGAGGGCCUGGAAGUCUGUCGUCGUGCCUGUGGUGGCCACGGAUACAGCAACUAUAGCGGUAUCGGACCCUGGUAUUCUGACUACCUUCCUACUUUGACCUGGGAGGGUGAUAACUACAUGUUGACGCAACAGGUUGCAAGAUAUCUUCUGAAAUCCGCCCGUGCGGUUCUCGCUGGAAAGGGUGCCCAGAACGAUACCUCUCGUAUCCUCCAGGCCUAUCUUGCACGUCGCGACAAGGGUGCUUCCUUCGAUAUCCUUGAAAAUGACGGGGAUAUUGUCGAUGCAUUCGCUUGGCGUACUGCACACCUCACUUUCGAGGUCCUCAAGUAUCGUGAUGUCGAGAAGCGGUCGUGGAACAGCCUGCUUGUUAACUUCUGGCGCCUGUCAACGGCUCACUCGCAGUACAUGGUGGUGAAGAACUUCUACGAAGCAGUCACUUCGCCCGAGCUCACCUCCACGUUGGAUGGCGAGACUGCUGGUCUUCUGCGGAAGCUCUUCCGCCUCUACGCCCUCCACACCCUUGAGCGCGAGGCAUCUGAAUUCUUCUCCUCCAGCGCUGUUACCGUGCGUCAGAUCGGCCUCACCCAGGCUAGUGCGGUCAUGAAGCUCCUGGAUGAGAUCCGGCCACAUGCCGUCCGUCUAGUUGACGCAUGGAAGAUUCCUGACUGGCAGAUGGAUAGCAGCCUGGGUCGCUACGAUGGGGAUGUGUACCCCGAUCUCUUCCGUCGGGCCAGCCAGGAGAACCCAGUCAAUGAUUUGGUGUUUGACCCAUACCCGUGGAAUGAUAAUGUUUUGAAGAACACUCCACUGAAGAGCAAGCUGUGAUUUUCUUUUCGUUCUCAAGCGUUGAUUUUAUGUACAUAUAUUGGGAUGGUUGCUUUUUCUUUUUCUCGUGUUGUUUCCUGGAGGGUGGACCCUAGAGCUUCUUGAAGAGAUCUAUUGAAUCUAUAGAGCUAGAAUAGAACUAG